UUAAAAAUUGCGACCAUUGUAAUUUUUGUGAUAUUGCAGAAUAAAAUUUUCGAUGGGCCAAAUCAAAUCGGCUGUUGGCUUCCCAACAGUUCAAAAAUAUAUUAUUUCAGACGUCAGUCUGGAAACAAAAUAUCAAGAUGGUAAAAUUUGCUACCAUAAGGCAUUUUUCCGUACUGCUACGCACGAUUUCUCCUCUGGGAAUUGGUACUACAUACUUCCCUGGCAAAACUUGAAAUAGAAAAUAAAUAGGAAAAUAUUAACCGGACUGUCGGAAUGGGGUUUUUAUUACUCGUGUUGUUGGCCAAUUCUCACCCUCAGCUCGAAGGCCAAUUCCACACGAAUAAAAAAAACCGCAUCCCAUCAUCAAUUAUUCUUAAAAAAUAAUUCCCUGAGGAUUCUUAAGGCCUUAUCAUUGAACAAUUAUUUCCAUUUCACUGAAUGGAAAAUAUUAACCAUGCCUUAUAAAUAACGAAUCCAUUCUUAUCAACAUUUACUGAAGUUAGACACUAUUCCCUUGAUAAUUACACGUCACUUGUUAAUUAUUUAUUUAUAGACUGUCAAUUUCAUGAGUCUUCAUAAGCAUCGAUAGUUUUAAACUAGUUUCCACUUUUUAUAGAUCUUUUUUAAUUAUUUUAAGACCGAACAUAUACAUCAAAGUUGAUCAAACCUAUUUCUGAAUGCUAUGGAAAUUUGAUGAUGAGCAAAAAUGUAUUUUGCCAAAUAUAAAUCCCCUAAGACCGAAAGUAUACCAUAUAGAUUCUUCAAUACUUGGAAUGAGAGAUAUCCCCGGAAUGAAUCAAUAUUCUUUGAACCAAGACAAGACACAGGCCUCACCGAAGUUCUACAUGAUAUUGGGACCACAGAUAUGGCAAUUGGGGAUGCGACAGCCGAGAUCAUGAAUACAACCACUGGUUCUAUUCCAAAUGUUUGGUAUGAUUUGGGCGAAACAACAGUCAAUUCUUCGAUAAAAUCCAUGAAGUCUGAGAUUCUGCCGAUUGUAUCCACUUCAACAACGAUCGUCACCGAAAUUCAAACAGAGACAGAAAUUAACAACGACAAAACUUUAUUCACCAUUCUGGCGAUGUGUUUGAUCGUUACGGUGCUCCUCUGUCUUAUUAUUAUGUGUACAAUAGCCGUAUCAAGGAGACGCUCCUCAACUUCCAGUGAACUAAAUUGUGACCCAGAUUGUGUUGGGGCGAAACGACCAUUAUUGAGUAGACCAGGAAAGUUUUCAAGGUCGACGAGUAAGAGUAGUAUUUUGGGAAGGCACUAAAAAUUGUUUAUAAAAAAGUUCAAGUUGUUUUGCUAGUCGCAAACCUAACCUGGAAU